GUAUCGGGCGAACAAGCGACAGCGUAGACUCAGACAAGAGGAAGGGAGAAAGGAUCUCGUUAUUUUUCAAGCAGGCAAAAAUGGCAGGCAGAGGGAAAUCUGUAGAGGGGAAGAAGGCAGUUUCAAGGAGUUCUAAGGCUGGUCUUCAGUUUCCUGUUGGGCGUAUCGCCAGGUUUCUCAAGGCAGGGAAAUAUGCUGAGCGUGUAGGUGCGGGCGCUCCUGUUUAUCUUGUAGCCGUUCUCGAAUAUCUUGUUGCUGAGGUUCUUGAGCUGGCCGGUAACGCUGCAAGGGACAACAAGAAGAUUGAUAAGAAGCGUGUGAAGAGGUUCAAGAGGCCACAGAGCAAACGCAGGAUUACUGACAAGUUUUUUAAAAAAAAUUUAAUGUCAAUGUAA